CGCGGCGCGCACCGGGACAGGCGGACGCAGCCGGCCCUCCCCUCCUCCCCGCUCCUCGCCUCCUCGCUCCCAGCUCCGCAGCGCACCGCAGGCGCCGAGCGCAGCCCGCCGACCAUGAUGUACCAGGGCUUCACCGGCGAGUACGAGGCGCCCUCCUCCCGCUGCAGCUCCGCUUCCCCGGCCGGGGACAGCCUCACCUACUACCCGUCCCCGGCGGACUCCUUCUCCAGCAUGGGCUCCCCCGUCAACCCGCAGGAUUUCUGCUCCGAGCUGGCCGUGUCCAGCGCCAGCUUCGUGCCCACCGUGACGGCCAUCUCCACCAGCCCCGACCUGCAGUGGCUGGUGCAGCCCACCCUCAUCUCCUCCGUGGCCCCCUCGCAGAACCGCGGCCACCCCUACGGCGUCUCGGCGCCACCGGCCCCCGCCGCCUACGGCCGCCCCGCCGUGCUCAAGGCGCCCGGAGGAGGCCGAGGGCAGAGCAUCGGCCGCAGGGGCAAAGUCGAGCAGCUGUCCCCGGAGGAGGAGGAGAAGAGGAGGAUCCGCCGGGAGAGGAACAAGAUGGCAGCGGCCAAGUGCCGCAACCGGCGGCGGGAGCUGACCGACACGCUGCAGGCGGAGACGGACCAGCUGGAGGAGGAGAAGUCCGCUCUGCAGGCGGAGAUCGCUAACCUGCUGAAGGAGAAGGAGAAGCUGGAGUUCAUCCUGGCGGCGCACCGGCCAGCCUGCAAGAUGCCCGAGGAGCUGCGCUUCUCCGAGGAGCUGGCGGCCGCCACCGCGCUGGACCUGGGCGCCCCCAGCCCCACCGCGGCCGAGGAGGCUGCCUUCACCCUGCCGCUGAUGCCCGAGGCGCCGCCGGCCGUGCCGCCCAAGGAGCCCAGCGGCGGCGGGCUGGAGCUCAAGGCCGAGCCCUUCGAUGAGCUGCUUUUCUCCACGGGGCCGCGGGAGGCCUCCCGCUCGGUGCCCGACAUGGACCUGCCCGGGGCCUCCUCCUUCUACGCGUCGGACUGGGAGCCGCUGGGCGCCGGGAGCGGCGUGGAGCUGGAGCCCCUCUGCACCCCGGUGGUGACCUGCACCCCGUGCCCCAGCACCUACACCUCCACCUUCGUCUUCACCUACCCUGAGGCGGACGCCUUCCCCAGCUGCGCCGCCGCGCACCGGAAGGGCAGCAGCAGCAACGAGCCCUCGUCCGACUCCCUCAGCUCCCCCACCCUGCUGGCCUUGUGAGGGGCUCGGCCGCCCCGCACUGACUGACCUGCCGGGCCCCCUCCCCUGCCCGU